AUGGCAGACUGGUCUAUGUACCAUGCGUUGGGUCAGGGUGAGGAAGACCCGAACAACAAAAACGUUAGGACCGACCCUGCCGCACCUCAGUUCGCCCCUCCAGUUGCUCAACAACCUCAUGCCUACCCUCAAGGCGUUGCCCCUCCGCCCGGACCGUAUGGCGGUGUCCAUAUGCCACCCCCCCCUUCCGGGCCUCAAACCCCACAGCAGCUCCAAGGCCCAGCGCAGACAAACUUACAGAGUGGUGGAAUCGAAGGCCUGACAGGUCAAAUGGGAGGAUUGGGGCUGUCAGGGGAUACAAUGGGGAGUAUCCGGGGCCAUAAGAAGAAACACCGGCAUGCGCAUCAUGAUAUACUACCGCCGGCGGGCUCCUCGCAGCCGUUUGGGGGCAUGCCCCAGGGUCAAAUACAAAACCCUUCGCAAUACCUUGAUACUGGUGUCAACCAACCGCUGCAACCACUGUCUCCAAUGACCAGCCCUACGCAAAGAAUACCGGGAGUUCAGCCACCUCCAGGAACUGGCGAUGGGUCCGUACCUACACAUGGCAAAGUCGACCCGACACACAUACCUAGCGUCCCAGCCUCGCGCGACAUACCUGCACAAUACUACGCCAAUCACAUAUACCCGACCAUGGAACGUCAUCGGCCCCCUCCCGCUACGAUUCCGUUUGUUGCUCGCGACCAGGGCAAUUCUUCUCCAAAAUUUGCGCGGCUCACCUUAAACAACAUACCAUCUACUGCCGAUGCACUCUCGUCCACUUCUCUUCCGUUGGGCAUGAUCCUACAGCCGCUAGCACCCCUAGAUCCAGGCGAACAAACUAUCCCUGUGUUAGAUUUUGGCGAUGUAGGCCCACCACGGUGCCGGAGGUGUCGAACAUACAUCAACCCCUUUAUGGUCUUUAAAGCCGGAGGGAAUAAGGUUGUCUGCAACAUGUGUACUUUCCCAAAUGACGUUUCAUCAGAAUAUUUUGCGCCUCUCGAUCCGUCGGGGAUACGAGUUGAUCGACUGCAGCGACCCGAGUUGAUGCUAGGGACGGUUGAAUUCACGGUCCCCAAAGAAUACUGGAACAAGGAGCCCGUGGGCUUGCGAUUAUUGUUUGUGCUUGAUGUUUCGCAAGAAGCCGUGAAUGGGGGUUUUCUAGAGGCAUGCUGCGAGGGAAUAAUGGGAGCACUUUACGGAGGUGAAGAAAAUAAUGCUGAAGGUGAGGAGGCUGAAACGCCCGGCAAACGGCUUCCAGCAAAUGCCAAAGUGGGGAUAAUCACGUUUGAUAAAGAAAUGCAUUUCUAUAACCUCACUGCCUCCCUGCAACAAGCUCAAAUGAUUGUAAUGCCCGACUUGGAGGACCCAUUCGUCCCGCUAAGCGAAGGGUUGUUCGUGGACCCCCAUGAAUCCAAGCAUGUCAUCUGUUCCCUUUUGGCGCAAAUUCCUACCUUAUUCACCAAUAUCAAGAAUCCUGAACCUGCCCUUUUGCCAACGAUAAAUGCUGCAUUUUCGGCUUUGGAGGCGACAGGUGGUAAAAUCAUCUGUUCCAUAGCCAGCUUACCGACAUGGGGUCCUGGCCGUUUAAUUAUGAGAGAAGAUGGCAAAGGUCAAGGUACCGAUGCGGAGAAGCGGCUUUUCACAACCGAACAUCCCGGCUGGAAAAAGACUGCAACGAAGCUGGCUGAGGGUGGUGUUGGUGUCGAUUUCUUCGUCGCUGCCGGCGGAGGUAAAUAUAUGGACAUUGCAACCAUUGGCCACGCUGCUGCCGUUUCAGGGGGGGAAACCUUCCUUUAUCCGAAUUUCCAUGCGCCCCGUGAUGUGCUGAAGUUAUCCAACGAGCUCUCUCAUGCUAUCAAUCGCGAAACUGGAUAUCACGCCCUACUCAAAAUGAGAUGUUCAAACGGUCUCCAAGUGUCAGCCUACCAUGGCAAUUUUCUACAGCAUACAUUUGGGGGUGACCUUUUAAUUGGAACUGUUGAUGCCGACAAAGCCUUUGGUAUAACCUUUAGCCACGAUGGGAAGCUUGAUCCAAAAAUAGACGCCCACUUCCAGGCUGCCCUCCUCUAUACCACGUCUUCGGGCCAGAGACGAGUACGCUGCGUUAACCUGGUCGCAGCCGUUAGUGAAGGUGGAACGGAUAUAAUGAAAUCUCUUGACCAAGAUGCGAUCAUUAAUAUCAUGACCAAAGAAGCUGCUUCAAAAAUGCCGGAAAAGUCAUUGAAGGAUAUCCGUGCGUCGUUGACCGAGAAAUCAAUUGAUAUUUUAGCCGGCUAUCGGAAACAUCAUUCCACAUCGCAGCCUCCGGGUCAACUUGUUUUGCCCGAGCAUUUGAAAGAGUUUCCUAUGUAUAUUCUUGGUUUGAUCAAAUCACGACCGUUCAAAGGAGGACAUGAGCCGUCGGAUCGUCGAGUCCACGAUCUACGGAUGCUCAGAUCGUUCGGGUGUAGGGAAUUAUCACUCUAUCUGUAUCCGCGCAUGAUACCGAUCCAUAAUAUGAAACCUGAGGAUGGCUUCCCGGACAAGGAUGGCCAACUCCAAGUUCCACCUAGCAUACGAGCAUCAUUCUCGCAGAUUGAAGAAGGUGGCGCGUACAUUGUUGACAACGGGCAGAUUUGCCUUCUUUGGAUACAUGCUCAUGUUUCACCUAAUCUGCUGGAAGAUCUUUUCGGACCGGAUAAAGCGACACUACAGUCCCUCGACCCCAGUACAUCCUCUCUUCCUGUGCUGGAGUCUCACUUAAACGCCCAAGUUCGAAACCUACUCCAGUACCUAUCAGGAGUCCGCGGCUCAAAAGCCAAUACGAUACAGCUUGCGAGGCAGGGCAUCGACGGCGCCGAAUAUGAAUUUGCUCGUUUACUAGUUGAAGACAGAAAUAAUGAAGCUCAGAACUAUGUCGACUGGCUUGUGCAUUUGCAUCGAGCUAUCCAGCUCGAGGUUGGGGGAAAUCGGAAAAAGGAAGAGAGCGGCACGGCUGGAGUUGGCGGGAUGGAGAGUACUUUGACAGGUCUAGCCGGAUUACGCCCGCCAUAUUGGUGA